AACUUUGCUCAUUUUAUUGCAACGGGUGGCCCGGCAGACGCCACCACGAAUCGACCCCGUAGCAGUCCGACGCGUCUGCGAACGGCCGGUGCUACUUAAGCCGCUCCGCCGGGCUAAAUUACGUAUACAAAGGCGAGCCGCCUUACACACUUGACGGCCCUGCCAUAGAAGCCCAAAUCGAGCGGCCCUAUUCUAGAACUUCCUAUUACUUGACAUCGGAAACUCGGUCCCACCUUCCCUACCUCCAUACAUCGCCAUCAUGGCGCGCACAAUAGCAUACACAGCACUUGUGCUGCUGGCCAUGGCUAGCGGCACCCUUGCUGCUGGCAUCACCUGCACGGGGACCAUUUUUGUCAAGCCGAACUACAGCGGCAACAGCCUCGACCUCACGCUGACGCCUACGGGCGAUGUUGACAAGGCGCUUCUGUGGGACCUGAAGGACGUGCCCUCGGGCGUCCCCGGCAAGCCCACCUGGGACGACCUUGCCAACUCCCUGAAGCUUUCCUGCACCUGCCUCGAUGGCGCGGACGCCUCCACCUGCGCCGCUGACUUCGGCAAGAUCAUCCUGCGCGUGUGGGCCCAGCCCGGCUCCCGCGGCCAGGGCGGCGGCGACUCCCUGAACGUGACCUGCGCCGCCUCCGCCGACGGCAUGAGCUGCGCCGGCGCCCUGAGCACCAUGCCCACCGGUUGGGGCUCCCGCCUCUCGGCCGUGGCCAUCCUGUACAACAACCCCGAGUACACUCUGUCCAAGAACAAGCCCAAGAGCCCCGCCCCCGCCGGCGCGCCCAAGCCGACGCCCGCUCCCGUGACUGAGAAGAGCCCCGCCCCCAAGCCCGCGCCGUCGCCUGAGGCCGGCAAGAGCCCCAAGCCCGCGCCGUCGCCCGAGGCCGGCAAGAGCCCCAAGCCCGCCCCCUCGCCCAAGCACAAGCCCACCAAGGGCAAGAGCCCCAAGCCUGGCCCCGCAAAGAAGUCGCCCAAGCCCAGCCCCGCCGGCUCUGGGCGCCGGCUGCUCGCCAAGGCUGGAGGCCCCGCUGCUGGCCCCACGCCCGAGACCCCUACUGCCUCCCCCGACAUCAAGGAGAAGGGUGCCAAGAGCCCUAAGCCCUCGACCCAGGAGACCCCCACCCCUUCCCCUGAGACGACCAAAGGUGCCAAGCCGACCCACAAGCCCGCUAAGAAGCCCACCCACAAGCCCGCUACCAAGCCCACCAAGCCCGGCCACCACGGCCGCAGCCUGCUGGGGAAACAUGCUGCCGGCCCUGCCAAGCACCCCAAGCCCGCCACCAAGCCCCACAAGCCCACCAAGAAGCCCGCCACCAAGCCCGCGACCAUGCCCGCUGCCGGCCCCGUGCCUGCCGGCCCCAUGCCCGCCGGCCCCGUGCCGUCGCCCGCCAAGCACCACGGCCGCAGCCUGCUCAAGGCGAAGCACACGCCUGCUGCCGGCCCCUCCCCCGCUGGCGCGCCCCAGAAGCACACGGGUGGCAAGAAGGGCGGCAAGAAGGGCGGCAAGAAGGGCGGCAAGCCCGCUCCCGCUCCUAGCCCCAAGGCUUAAGUGCGCAGCCACUGAGCCGCCGCCAGCUGUCCAUAGACUGCUGAUAAUAGACCGGGACUGCCUCAACCUCUUGGGCUAGACCAACACGGCGACGUGUAUGGCCUGGUUUGGGUUGGAGCAUAGACGCGCGAUUGGAACUGCGAACUGUGCGUUGCAAGGUGCAUACAUGGCAGCAUGGGUGGUGGACACGUGGGGGUUUCUGCUGAUGGGCGUGCGAUGUGUCCGAACUGAUGUCAGGAUGAAGUAAGUAAGGGGACACAACCGUGCGGCUGCUGAUGAUCUGCUGGGGGCGGCAUGAUUAACACGUCACAUUGAUCUGUCGCUCUCAGGAUAGAUUGUUCAUAGCUAGAUGCUUCCGGUGAACACAUAAGACGACGUUAGAAGUCCUUAUAUAUUGACCCCACCGAUAGACAUGUGGUGGGGCCUAGGUGUUGCCUUGGGUGGUGCCCAAAGCACGAGGUGCACGCGCUGGAAAUGGUGUGUGGCUGAAGGGAGGAUUCAAGCGCAUGGAGGGAGGACGACUUCUGUCGGGCAGGUGCCGGGCUCCUUCAUGACGGGCUCCUUCAUUAGCAAAGGAGCCAAUCCUGUUUGUAACCCAGAUCCAGG